AUGAUAGUAUGGCAAGGUAUCCCUCAGCAUCACCAGGAUCAGAUGAUUAGUCAUGGCAAAAUUCCGUACAAUUUUAAUUGCGCGGAAUUUGAUCCGAAGACUUCCGAGUUAAAAUUUCCCAGUUAUCUCGACAAGAAACCGGGUUUAUUCGAGUGUCCAAACUGUGGCAAGUAUUAUCGUUGGCUGAGAAACAUGAGAAGUCAUCUGAAGAUCGAAUGUGGCAAGGAUCCAAAGGAGUGUUGCCCUUAUUGUUCGCAUCGCACCAAAUACAAGAGCAGUUUGCAUAAACACAUACAGAGAAUGCAUCCAGAAACUGUAUCUAGAGAAUAA